AUGACGCCCAAGGUGCUCGCCCUCCAUUACCUUCUCACUCUUACCAUAACCCUAAUCCACAGUUUCUCCUCGGCCGAAUCCCAUAGCUUCGCCACCAAAUCGUCCCGAGCAGCGAUAGGCCUCAAGGAAGAGAAGAUUACCCACCUCCACUUCUACAUGCACGACGUCUUCGGCGGGCCCAAAGCCACGGCGAUCCCCGUCACCAAAGUUCUGGACAACAACACGUUUUAUGGCGGGCUGUACAUGGCCGACGACCCGCUGACUUUGGGCCCCCGGCGGGACUCCAAGCCCGUAGGGAACGGGCGGGGAACCUACGCGUUCCCUUCCCCGAAAGACUUCGUUUUGGAGAUGAACUACAACUUGGGAUUCACGCACGGGGACUACAACGGCAGCUCGCUUUGCUUGUUGGGGCGUAUCGCCCCGACGUCGAUCGUGAACGAGAUGGCGAUUGUUGGCGGGACGGGGGUUUUCCGGUUCGCUAGUGGAUACGCCGUCGCCAAAAGGGUCGUGCUUGAUUUCAAGGCUCAGCUUGUUGUUAGGGAGUUUAACGUUUAUGUCUCGCAUUAUUAA